AUGACUUCCCAACAGUUUCGCCGCGAGCGGGCCUCGAGCGAUAGAGCGCAGGCGAUGCCGGCCGGGGUCCCGCCUCGCCCCGGGAUGGGGAGCCGCACCUCAUCUGCUCCAGCAGGGGGAUUAUGCAAAAUCGAUUCUGGCUGGAAACCCAAUGCCGGCCCGAGGGUCGGACAUGCUUUGGUGGAGGAGGAUGAAGGAUCUCCGGGGACGAGCCAGGACGGUCUGGCUCGCUCACGUUCCCGGCACCGAGGCGAUGAGGAAUCCUCGAAAACCAGCUUACCGGAAGUGACGAUUGCUGUGGUGGGAGAAGAGAAUGCCGGCAAGACCAGCUUUAUUCGAUGCGCGCUCGAUAUGAAGGCCACCCCGUCAUCGGUGUCGACGAAAAAGAAAAUGUCGCUGGACGGGGCGGUUUAUAUUGUGCGGUUGCUGGAGCUCGAGCUGCAGACUAUAACUCUCAGUCAUGAUAGGAAGAUUGGCUGGCCACGGAUGGGCAAGGAUAACGCAGUCCCGAUCAUCGACGGCGUUCUGCUCUUGCAUGACGCCACUCAACCGGAUAAGCUCGAGGAAACGGUCGCCAUGGCUGACGCCUUGGAAGCAUCGCCUCUUCCAUUCCUGCUGGUUGCCUGCAAAUGCGAUUUACGCCCGGAGGAUAGCGAACUAGGUGCGAUCCAUGACCGAUUUGAGAUCUAUCGAACUUCGCCCGAGUCGCCGCGGUCUCAACAGAUGUGUAUUGCACUGGUUCUGCGGAACGUUAUUGCCAAUAGAACUGGCGGCUCAUCGUCGGUCUCCGAUCGAACUGUCGAUGGGAACGGUCGUCACCGUCCGCCCACCGACCAUCCCUUCCCCUCCAACCUGGCGCAACAGUAUGCUUCCAGUUCGUCUCGAAAUGCCAGGAGUAAUUCCCAGCCAAUCCCCCCGCAAACUCCUCCUUCUGGGACGCGGCUGAAUCCACGUCGACCCUCUGCACAAGGAGAUUACUCUCCAACCAAAGAACACGACCGCAAGCAACUACAGACCGCCUGGCGGCAUAGCGGAGGCUCGGACGCCUUUAACAGUUUUUUGAACAUGGACGACGAGAUGGAAGAAGGUGGACAGACUGCUAGCCCCCGCGCUGUCGUGCGCCCCAAGCCGAGCAGCGAGAGCAAUUCCAGCGCAGAAACGGGACUGAGCUUUGAUGAGCUUGUCGAUCGUCUUGUCGCCCUGCCCAUGUCGAAGCAGGACUCGAAGUUUGGAUCCAUCUUCCUCUGCCUUUAUCGUAAAUUUGCUGCCCCCGCGACGCUUCUCAACGCCUUGAUCAAUAGGUUUGAGAAGAAUGAAACCAGCAACGUUGAUCAACUUGCUCGCAUGGUCGAUCAACUCCGACUAUUGAACGUGGUCGCCUUGUGGGCCUCUGAAUACCCUGGCGAUUUUGCCUAUCCUAAAACGCGGAAACGCAUUAAUGACUUUGUCACCACUCUUGAAAAGAGUCAUUUCUAUAUGUUUGCAGCCAAGGAGAUCGGUUCUUAUCUCGACUCCAAUACCGAAGACGACGACGUGGGCUGGGCAUUCCGCGACGGCGAUGUCGAUGAAUCCAGCCUUACUGAGACAUUUUUCGACAAUUCAGGCCGCAGUUCCCCAGUCCCCUUCCUGACUGCCACAUACGAAGAUGAGGAUGAAGAGGAAGAAGACCCGAUUUACCACAUGAGCGCGCUAGACCUCAGCGACGGACCGCAUGAUUCCACAUCGCGUCUUUCAGGAACCUUAUCGAUUUCAUCUAGCACCGACAAACCUUCAAGCACACUCAACCAAUCCUUCACAAUGUUGACUUUGGAAGCUGCGCAGAAAGAAUCCCUGCGCUUGGAAUUGACAUGUCGAACUUUACUUGGCAAAGUCCAAUGGCGUUACUUCAUGGAGACUCCCGAUGAGGAAUUCGCCCGUGAAUUGACCCGUAUCGAUUGGGUCAUGUACAACUCCUUCCGGCCCCGUGAUCUCGUGCGCCAUGUGAGCAUCUCCGGCAUGGAUAAAGACAAGAUCCGAAGCCUCCACAAUGUCAAUCGGAUGAUCAAACAAUUCAAUCAUCUAGCAUUUUUCGUGGCGAGCAUGAUCCUCCUUCGGGAUAAACCUAAGCAUCGCGCCCGGUGCUUGGAAAAGUUCAUGUCUAUCGCAGCGAAACUUCGCCGCCAAAACAAUUACAAUGCUCUAGGUGCCGUGAUCGCCGCCAUCAACGGCACGCCGGUCCUUCGAUUGACCCAAACUAGGGAACUUAUUCCUAUUGCAACUCAAAAAGAGUUCAUGCGGUUGGUGAUUCUCAUGGGCACUCAGCGAAGCCAUUUUGCCUAUCGGCUUGCAUGGGAAAAUUCGUUCUCGGAGCGCAUCCCGUUUCUUCCUCUGCAUCGCCGCGAUUUGGUCUCCGCCGAAGAAGGAAAUAAGACUUUUGUGGGCGAGAACAAAUCUCGUAUCAAUUGGAAGAAGUUUGAGGUCAUGGGCGAAAUCGUCCUUGGUAUUCAGCGCAGCCAGAAAACUCCUCACCCCCAGGCCCAGAGAUUUGACGACGUGGAACGGUUAAUUUUGGACUCUAAGCUCUCCGGUGAUGAGGAGGACCUCUAUGCCCGCAGCAUGCAAGUCGAACCAUCGACCGGCAGCGAAACCGGGCGAAAGAAGUUUGGUUGGCUACGUGCCUAA